GUGUCUCCAGUGUAAACUUCCGCAGGGUGGAGCUCGGAGAAGCUUUUCCACCGUAAAGCCUCCGUAUUUCACUUACUUUUUAUAAAACCUCUCAUUCUGUUUGUCACUUUUUACUGAUCGCUGACCACGUACAGUCAAAAAUGUCCAAGUCUCUGAAGAAGAUCGUAGAGGAGAGUCGGGAUAAAAACAUCCCGGAGGUGGACAUGUGUGACCGUGGCAUCUCCAACAUGCUGGACGUCCCGGGGCUUUUCACUUUGGCCAACAUCACUCAGCUGGUCCUGAGUCACAACAAACUCACAGCCGUUCCACCAAACAUCUCCGAGCUGAAGAACCUGGAGGUGCUCAACAUGUUCAACAACCAGAUAGAAGAGCUGCCCACUCAAAUCAGCAGCUUACAGAAGCUCAAGCACCUAAACCUGGGGAUGAACCGUCUAAGCACUCUGCCCAGAGGCUUUGGGUCUUUACCUGCUUUAGAAGUGCUGGACCUCACCUACAACAACCUUAACCACAACUCUCUGCCCGGCAACUUCUUCUACCUCACCACCCUGCGAGCUCUCUACCUGAGUGACAAUGACUUUGAGGUACUACCGGCAGACAUCGGGAAACUCUCCAAGCUGCAAAUACUGAGUCUGAGGGACAAUGACCUGAUCUCACUGCCUAAGGAGAUCGGAGACCUGGUGCAGCUAAAAGAGCUCCACAUCCAGGGCAACAGGCUCACGGUGCUGCCCCCGGAACUAGGAAACUUGGACUUGACUGGGCCUAAGCAGGUUUUCAAAGCCGAAAACAACCCCUGGGUCACACCCAUCGCAGACCAAUUCCAACUUGGAGUGUCCCAUGUCUUUGAGUAUGUCCGCACGGAGACGUACAAAUACCUGUACGGACGGCACAUGCAAGCGAACCCCGAACCUCCGAAGAAGAACAACGACAAGAGCAAGAAGAUCAGCCGCAAACCCCUGGCCGCUAAAAACAAGUGAGACACAAAGAAAGAGCCCGCGAGGUCACUGCAUGUGCCUGUCUCCUACUGCAGAAACACUUUAUAUAUGCAACAGUACCAGAGUGUAUCCUGAACUAUGUGUAAUGUUUUGAUAUGAUUUUCACUGCUUUAUUUUAUAUCACGUUGCUGUCUCAGAAGUAUGCCUUAAAAGAACGGAAGCUGGUUUCCUCUAAACGUAAAAAAAAACAUUAUUGUACAGAGCAGACAGGCGGGAGAGUGAAGCAUGGUUUGGUUAUGUAAUAUGUGCCUAUUGGUGGAUGAAAUGGAAAAAACUGUAUAUGACAUGUAGGCCUGGGACGAUAUUGAAAUUUUCUAUCACAAAUUAAAGAGAGGGUAUUAUGUACAAUCUUUUUUUUUUUAUCUACCAUGUUAUAGUGUUUUUCCCUCAUCCAAAACGUGCCUGAAGAGGUUUUAGAUGUCAUUCAUGUGUGUUUGAGAAAUUUAGGGAUUGUUUCCAGACGUAUUCAGAACAAUUACAAUUAGCUCUAACAUUCUGUGCAACGCUCAGCCCACAAGCCUUCAUCACCCAUGCUCCCACACGACAAAUCUCCACCAGUAGUUUCAUUAGCGACACCCAUUAUUGUGUUGUGGUAGCGCUCUGAAGGGAGAGUGACUUUGCAUUGAGAGCAAAGGGAGGGGAGAUUCAGGGCAUUAAAAGGAAAAGUGAAUCUUACAAAAUAUUACGUUGUUCUUUGGCAAAUAUACCAUUUUUAAAACAAUAAAAAUAUAAUAUGGCGAUCUAAAUGUGGUAUGUGUUAGCAGUUAAUAGAUUAAAAUUGCGGACAGUUUAAAGGUGGAUUAUGUAACUUUUCUGAGGAAUGGUUUUGCACCUGCUUGUCUCUAUGGAGAUGUCAUUGCUUUGCCUAGAAUAUUCUACAGUAUGGCACUAAAUCUUAUCUCCAUGGAGGCAAACAGGCCACGUUACACAUGAGAUCUGUGGAGAGGUGGCCCCGCUAACAGUGUUUUUCGAAGUAUGAAAAACAUGCAAUAAAAAUGUGUUUGAAUAAUCGCAAAAUAAGUUGGUUUAAUAACAUACCAUGGAACAUUCAAGGCAAAACAAUAGCAUCUCCAUGGAGAAAAGCAGAUCCUCUACCAAAAAAGUUGCAUAGUGUAUGUGAUAUUUUUACUAUUAUGGAUAAGUUCCAUAUGAGAAGUAUGGGACAAUAUUGAAAUUAUGUGUCACAGUUAUCAUUGUCAAAAUAACAGAUUAAGGAAUAAUUAUUAAAACUGCUGGCCGUUUAAAAAUGUUAAGGUUAUUAAACAUAAUUUUAUAUAAUUUUACUAUUAUGAAUAAGCUCCAUGUUUAAACCACUUUUAUAAUAUUGUGAACAUCUUGUGGUCAAACAUUUCUUGACCAUUAUCCCGAUUAGGGCUACAAGAUACGAGAAAAACGUGCAAUAUUUGAUAACUGUUUUGUUUUGCGAUAUUUCAAUAUAUAUUUUGACACAGUAACAUCCAUUAAAUUAAAACAAAAAAUGACACAUGUUUUCAUUUAUUAGUCAAACUGUUAAAGUAAAAGCUUCACAGAAAAUAAACAAAGACAAACUCAAGUCUAAUGUAGGACUUAAUAAGGAAAAUUAUCUGCCUUUUUUUGUCAUUUUUUUCUUUCAAAAACAGUAACUUUCUGUUGUUGCGAUAUUUAUUUUCUUUUUCGAUUGUUGCACCCUUCAAUAUUGUGAUAUCGAUAUUUUCGCGAUGUAUUGUGCAGCCUUAAUCGCAAUUACACCAAAUUUCCUACUAACGAUUUCGAGCUACCCUUUUUAGUCAGGCCAUCACCUCUGUAAACCCUUUAAGUAAACAAUUUGAUUAUGUAUUGUCCCAUCCCUACUUACAAGACCAUCUCAAGAGAAAAUACAUGGAAUAGCAGUGUGUUUAAAUACCAAAGUAUAACAGGUACUUUACUCCUGAUGUGAAAAACAAGGUGUAACACUGUGAGAGAAAACUGAAAGAGCUAUUUUACAUUUCAGUUCAGUUUUCUACAAUGUAAUUUCACAUGAUUUCCAUAUACACUCCUUUUAUAAUUUCAGGUUUUCUACAUUUCUGGGACGGAAUAAUUUUUGCUAAAGCUGUUGCUUUGUUAUUAUUGUGAUGGUGUUAUUUUAACCUCUAUCAUGCAAUAUUUGACUGCUUUAUUUAACUCCUCUUUAAUUUUAAGUGUACAAUACCCAAAGAGUGGUCACGCAUUGACAAUGGACAAACACACCCUUUACCAGCCAAUAACAGUGUAAGAAUGUAUUUUGUCUACUGAGGCUUUAAUUUAGUUAUAAUACCCCAGGAUACCAUGUACAUUAUGUCAAUGUUUUUCAACCUUUUUUGAGUUUAUGUAAAUUUUUUUGGGUUGAAUUCCGCCUUCUAAAAUGUUACCAAAUUGAACCGUAUAGUUAAAAUAGUAAAGAGGUAGAUAAUAUGCCCAAUAAUGUCAGUGCUGUGCUCUGGUUUUGUUAUUGUAACUGGUGAUUUUUUAAAAUGUGUUAUUAAUUUUUUUCAAGGCACACUAGUGUUCCCCGGCACACUGGUUGAAAAACACUGCAUUAUGUAAUGGCAUUAAAUAAGCUAGUAUUAUACCUUGUGCUUCAAAAUAAUUUCAAAAUCAUAAGUGUCUGUAAAUUCCUAUCACCUGGAAUUUGAUUUAGUCCUGGAUCAUAUUCAAAUUGUAUCAUUUUUAAAUGCAUUUGUCCUAUUAUUGCCUCACAGUUAACUUUUUACGUUUAACCCUGUUGUUACUGCAGACUUAAACGUGGUGGUGCAGUUUUGAAGCUGGACUUUGUAAACACUUGGACCGAGUACUAUUUUUACUGUACUGUAAAACUGUACCAAUAAUCAUGCCUUUGUUUUAUGUGCCAACAUGUAUUUACCUUUAUAUUACAGUGUUAUUUCUGUGCGUCAACAUUUCAAUCAAAAUGUUAUAAAGACAUUUCACUAUGGCU